GGCGGCAACCAGAGAGGUAGUCUCGUGCACUAUAGGAGAGACUACACGGCAGCAGGCUGGGAGGACGGCUGAGCGAGGUGGUGGGUCCCGUCGUGGAGGAGGCCGUCGAGCCGGAGGAUGUGACCUCGUUGACGGGACCCUCGAGGGAGGCCUCGAUAACCAGAGUUCAACCGCCGCCCCCUAGGAUAACGAGCCUUAGUCCGCCGAGGCCGCCAUCGCGACAACCGCUCGUCGAGUCCCAGCCCCGGGUCCAGCCCCAGGCUCAGGCCCAGCGCAGGCCGAGCAAGGAGCUCAAGGAACCCAAGGAGCCCGCGAACUCGAAGGGCCCGCGCGAGUCGAGGGAGUCAAGGGAUCCCAAGGCGCAGAACGAAAACAUGGGGACGGUCCUCUCGUUCAGCCCGCGGGAGCGGCACGGCCCGGUACUGGCCUCGUCUAGCCCAUCGACUCACCCGACCACCGGGCCCAACUUCACCCUCAACAACUUCAACUACGAGCACCUGAACAAUGUGAAGAACCGAGAGAACAAGAGCGUCCCCCGCCCCCCCCCGGCCGCCCCCAACAACUCCCUGCAAAACAACAACAUUAACCUCAACAACAACGACAACGCCCGCAUCAUAUCGGAGAAGAACGCCCUGGAGAAGAACCUGAAGAAGAACUCUCUCAUUAUCGGGGCCCUCUCGUGGAAGAGAUUCAGCACCAUCAACAACAACAAGAAGAAGCUGGACAAUAAGAACAAGAACAUGAAGUUCAGGCAGCCCCUCGACAACAUCGCCGUAACCGACAAAAAUAAGAAUAUACAGACGCCCCAAACGAAGGCGCCGAUCACGAACAACAACCACAGCUCGCACAAUACGACGUGCGAGAAGCUCGUGCAGAAGCCCCAGCCCCCGGCGUCCCGGAAGACCGUCAUCCAGGCCUCCACCUCGGAGCUGCUCAAGUGUCUCGGCAUCUACUUGCAGGCCAAGUGCAUCAAACUCAGAGACUUCCAAGCGGGGGACGCCGUCAUGUGGCUACGGACGGUUGACCGCAGCUUGUUACUGCAGGGCUGGCAGGAUGUCGCGUUCAUAAAUCCAGCGAAUGUGGUAUUCGUGUACAUGCUCGUGCGCGAAUUAGUCGACGGCAAGGAGGCAUCCGAGCGUGAACUCCAGGCGACGGUGCUGACCUGCCUCUAUCUGUCCUACAGCUACAUGGGCAAUGAGAUCAGCUACCCGCAGAAGCCCUUCUUCGUCGAGGACAGCAAGGACAAAUUUUGGGACAGGUGCCUCCUCAUCGUCAACCGACUGAGCUCCAAGAUGCUGCGCAUCAACAGCGAGCCCGGAUACUUUACAGAAAUUUUCUCCGAAUUGAAGGCCUACGGAGCCAUGGACCUGACGAGUCUCAGCGGCAGCCUCGUCGUCUCCGGACUCGCGGUCCCCACCAAGGCGGCUUGACGGAGCUACACGCACUUGCUGGUACGAAUCGGCCGCCAACGCUGCAACGUUACAACGCUCUGACAGCAGACGCACACCGGAGGAGAGCUCGCCCAUACGGCCUGACCUGGCGGCGGCGGCGGCGGCGGCGGCGGCG